GUUAAUAUUUUCUUAACGAUCAUAACGAUGCUAGCAGUAAACGGAGUCGUUGGCUAAAUCCAAAUAACGAGUGGAAACCCGUCGUUUUGUGAAGAGAUCAGCGAUGGACCGACGCCGUAAACUGUUGGAUGUGGUUUUUAAAUCUGAGACGAAGCUGAGAGGAGAAGUGUUACCUUCAGAUAUCCGAAGAGUGAUUGUUGGGGAAGAAGAGCAGCAGGAGUGGAGCUCCAGUCUGGACCAGGAGGACCAGGAGGACCCAGAGCCCCCACACAUCAAAGAGGAACAGGAGGAACUCUGGACCAGUCAGGAGGGAGAGCAGCUUCAAGGACUGGAGGAGGCUGAUAUCACCAAGUUCACAUUCGCUCCUGUCCCUGUGAAGUGUGAAGAUGAUGAUGAUGAUGGAGAGAAAGCUCAGUCCUCACAGCUUCAUCAGAGUCAGACUGAAGAGAACAGGAGAAUUGAACAGAUGAAAACAGAAGCUGGUGAAGAGGACUCUGGAGGACCAGAACCAGCCAGGAACUCAGAUCCAGACAGCUGUUUACAACCAGAUACUGAUUACAAGGCUUCAGACUCUUCAGAUACUGAAGUUAGUGAUGGCGAUUGGGAAUCUCAGUCCGGUUUAGAUUCUCUGAAAAAUAAUGACGUCACUGUCAUGGAUUUUAACUGUAAUACUGUAGAGAGAUCAUUCAGCUGCUCUGAGUGUGGCCAAAGAUUUGGCCGCAAGCCCCAUCUGAAUGCACACAUGAGAAUUCACACAGGAGAGAAACCAUUUAGUUGCUCCUUUUGCGGUAAAAGAUUUUCUCAAAAGGGAAACUCAAUUAGUCACAUGAGACUUCACACCGGAGAAAAACCUUUCAGCUGCUCCAUCUGUAAAAAAUGUUUUAGAUAUAGUGGAGAUGUCAGCAGACACAUGAGAAUCCACACAGGAAAAAAAAAAAUCAAACGCAGUGUUAGUGACGAGAUCAACAGCAACAUUGACACGGUAUCAGAACCCGACAGGAACUUAGAUCCAGAUGGAUAUUUACCACCAGUUACUGAUGAUAAAACCCCAGAACCUGAGACUGAACCGAGCGAUGAUGGUUGGAAGGACACCAGGGACCAGUCAGAUUUAAAUGCUCACGAAAUUGAUGAUGUCUCCGAAAGUGAUAUAAGAUGUAACACUGACAAGGAGUCGUUUAGCUGCUCUGAGUGUGGGAGAACAUUUUGUCGCAAGGACCAUCUGAUGAGCCACAUGAGAACGCACACGGGAGAGAAACCAUUCAGUUGCUCGGUUUGUCAGAAACGUUUCAGCUGCAGCGGGAACAUUUUGGCACACAUGAGAAUUCACACAGGAGAGAAACCCUUUGAAUGCUCAUUCUGCGGCAAAAGUUUCAGUCAGAAAGGAACUUUGCAGCUACACAUAAGAAUUCAUACUGGAGAGAAACCGUUUAGUUGCCCAUUUUGCGAUAAAAGAUUUGCCCAUAAAAGACGUAUGACCCUGCACAUGUCGGUCCACACAGAGGAGAAACGAUUCAGCUGCAGCGUUUGUGACAAAAGGUUCACUUGGUAUACUCAACUCAAAACCCACAAGUGUGUCGGCGAGUCCUCGCAGCUUCGUCAAAGCCAAACUGAGAAAAAGGUUUCUGCCAAAGAAUCUUUUAGCUGCACUGAGUGUGGUAAAAAAUUUAGCCUCAAGGGGAAUCUGAAGACACACAUGAGAAUUCACACAGGAGAGAAACCGUUCAGUUGCUCAGUUUGUGGUAAGAGUUUUAAACAAAAUGUACAUCUCACAGAGCACAUGACGAUUCACACAGGUGAGAAACUGUAUAAAUGCAAUGUUUGUGGUAAAGGAUUCAAUAAGAAGUUACUUGUCAAAAAACAUACAUGUGUUUAAUCCCUGGACACUUGUCAGCUCGUGAUCACAAUCUGAAUUCAUGGAUUUAUAUUCACAAAGAUGUUGAGUGAAUAGAAUAGUUUGGACGUUUUGCAGUUAAAAAAAAAACCCAGCAGUGAGAUGUGAGUUUUUCUGCAUGUAAACAAUCUACCUGACUGUGCAUCGUUUUCCAGUAUAGAAGGAAACAAUGUUCAUGAAGAUUCGGAUCUUGUUAGCAACUCAAUACCUGAGGUUUGAUAAUUACUGAAUGUUUAGUGUUGAAAUCAAAACACCACUGAUUGUAGAAAGCUGAAAUGUUUUACUUUGAAACCAUCUAUCUCAAUUUAUGUGGCCUGACCUGAGCCAACCACACUCAACUGUCCCACUGUUACUACAGACACAUGAACUAACUACAGACAGUAUCUUAUGGGGAGUUGUGAAUAAAAACUGACUUCAAAACACUACCAUCCUUACCUGAACAGGCAGGGAGCAACAUGACACUGUUGAGAAAGACGCUGCUUCAAGGCUGGGGUUUAAGAUACUAAUGUAAUUAGAAAUGUCAGUGGGAUUUUGAACAAGGUUUUCUUUCUUUCAAAUUGCACAAUGUGAAAUUUAUCAAAACCAAAUAAUGAUGGCUUUCAAAGUAAAGAAAUAAUAAUUUUAACAUGAAUAAAUAUUGAACAAUCAGUAGUGAUUAUAUUUAGGUGAUAAUAAAAUGACAGGAGGAAGUGGUGAUCUGAUGUUUUUUUUUAGUCUUUGCCUCACACCAUGUGGGAAAAUCAUUUUAUAGACUGAUCUGACAGAACAAUCUCCUCUUCAACUUAAUAUGAGAAUUUCAAACUGUACAGUGAUAAGCUGCGGGAACACAAUGUUAAUAUCUUGUUUUCCAAAAAGAGAAUCUGAUGAAGCUUCAUGUUUAAUUGAACAUGCUUCCACUCUGAAUUUAUACUGUAACUGGACUCGAGGAGUUGAUAGCGCUUAUCAUAUUCUGUUAUUUUAUUCUUUGAAUAAAUACACAAUGGACACAAAGUGA